AUGAGCACGCGCACGGGUACUGAACAGCCACGAUCCUAUUUGUUGCCCACGGCGUACCAACGCGAGCCCGCCCGGUCGUUCAACCGCUGCCACUGCCCUCCCGGCGCUCAACACAUCGAGCCGUUCACGCAGAUCCACCCCAUCCGCUGCCCACUGCUUCGCCCAAUCAACAUGGCUCAUGAGCGCGUCGACGCAUGCAGGAGACGGCGACCCGGCGACGGCGACAUAUCUGAGGGAGGACCGAUGGAAUGGGUACCAGGUGCCCAUGGUCGCUCGCCGUCGCUCGACGCUGCCACUAGCAAAUGUCUUGUGCCAUCUGCCCUCAUCUCCUGCCCUCGCCCAUCUGCUUUGCUUGCACCCAUCUCCGCGCCCUCCACCGCACGCCCGCAUCUCCGGCGACCGAACACAAUGUUGCUCGUAUAA